AUGGCAGUGGCCAUUGAUCAACAUCAUGGAUUCAAGCCAUUUAACCGAUCUCAGAGAUGUAGACUCCAAUCCUUAACUAACUUUGACUUAAACAUUCUUGAACUUGGCCAAACCAAUCUUUCCAGUUUAAAACAAGCAUUUGAAGCUGUUAAACUUCACAGAAGCUUCUCCAGUCCAUGCUUUUCCUUGGCCACUCGGGUCGAAGAAGGGUUCGACGCUACUCCACGGAUUGAGAUUCUUGGUGGCCAUGGAGCCCCGAGAGUCCGUGCUCUUGUUGUUGAGGUUGCCAUCGCUUUGGCCUCUGGUGUUGAUCCCAUACCUGUAGCAAAUGGACUAGGUGGUGCUUACUUUUUGCGCAGCAAGAACGGAGAUAAUAUUGCACUGGCAAAACCAAUUGAUGAAGAACCUUUAGCCAUCAAUAACCCUAAAUGCUUUGGGGGACUGAUGCUCGGCCAACCUGGUAUGAAACGCUCGAUUCGAGUUGGCGAAACUGGAAUUCGUGAAUUAGCUGCUUAUCUACUAGACCAUGGUGGGUUUGCUGGGGUUCCUCCAACAGCAUUAGUAAAAAUUUCUCAUGUCAGAUUCCAUGUUAACCGUGCAGAGAAUGUUUCAGCUCCUCCCUACAAAAUUGCCUCACUCCAACGUUUUGUAGAUCAUGAAUUUGAUGCAGGGGAAUUAGGUGCUUCUGGUUUUUCGGUUGCUUCAGUUCAUCAGAUUGCGAUUUUUGAUGUGAGAGUCCUAAAUCUCGAUAGGCAUGCUGGAAAUAUACUUGUAAAAAGUAACGAUCAGAAGGAAAAAUAUGCCGCUGGGGCAGCUGAGCUUGUGCCGAUAGACCAUGGACUUUGCCUACCUGAGUGGCUUGAUGAUCCUUAUUUUGAAUGGUUGCAUUGGCCUCAAGCCUUGGUUCCCUUUUCAGAAUCUGAACUUGAGUACAUAUCCAAUCUCGAUCCAUUUAUAGAUGCAGAACUCUUGAGAUCUGAGCUUAGUUCUUUAAGGGAAUCAUCUAUCCGAGUUCUUGUCCUUUGCACUAUUUUCUUGAAGCAAGGUGCUGCAGCCGGCCUCUGCCUUGCCGAUAUAGGCAAAAUGAUGACUAGGGAGUCUUGUAGUGGAGAUGAAAAUAUGAGUGUGUUAGAGAAUCUUUGUUCGAAAGCAAAGGAAGCCGUCGUUAAUACAUCAGAUGAUGAGGAGAACAAUAUGGAUAGCGGAGAAGAAAAGGAUGAGUUUGAACUAUUUCAAUUCGAUGAUGAGACCGCGCUCGCUUCUGCUGAAGCAAUGGAUCUCCCUCAGCUUUUACAGUUCCCUCCUGAGAUGGCUAAGCCACCUAAAAUUCCAAAGUUCUCACCUGUAAGAUCAGUGCCUAGGUCGCACGACGAAGAAUUAUCUCCAUUGUACGAGAAAAAUGAUCACGAAGUCGAAAACUAUAGCAGCGGUGAUGACAGCAAAAAGACCAUCAAAGAAAAUGGUGGAGACAACAAUGGGUAUGACGGCAAAAUUGGCGGUUUUACGAGGAGCAAGAGUUAUUCAAUCGGAAAUAGCGCUUGCGAAGCUGAUGGCAUUUCUUUUGGAGACUUGAGUGAAGGUGAAUGGGAAUUGUUCUUGGAGUGUUUCGAGAAGCUGUUGCCGGAGGUUCUUGAGAGCUCAAAAUGUGGCAGCUUGAAGCAAAGGUUGGGAACUUCUUGCAAGUUCUGA